AUGUAUUAUGAGGUGGUAGAACUGAGAGCAUUUUUGUUGUGCAGGGAAAAGGAAAAACAGCUGAACCACCAGAAACUCCAGAACGAGCUCGCUUCCUUAAAAGUGAUUGGACCUUCCGAGCCCCUUCUUGUCAGAGUGGGGGAAGACAUACAAUUAACCUGUUCCCUGUCCCCCAAGGCUAGUGCACACAGCAUGGAGGUGAGGUGGGUCCGAUCCCACCGAUAUCCUGCUGUUUAUGUGUAUGUGGACGGGGACCACGUGUCUAAAGAGCAGAUGGCAGAAUACAGAGGGAGGACAGUGUUGGUGACUGACGCUCUCAGCGAGGGAAGACUGACCCUGCACAUACACAAUGCCAGCACUUCCGAUGAUGGGCAGUACCGGUGCCUUUUCGAAAAAGAUGGUGUCUACCAGGAGAGCAGUUUGGAUCUGAAGGUAGUAGGUCUGGGUUCUUCCCCGCACAUCACCAUGGGGGGAACACAGGAUGGACAAAGGCAGCUGAGAUGCAGCUCAGAAGGGUGGUUCCCACAGCCCCGUGUGCAGUGGAGGGACGCGGAAGGAAAGACAGUUCCAUCAUCUUCGGAGGUCCUGACUCCAGACAGCCGCGGGCUCUUCCACGUGGAGGCAUUUCUGUUGGUCGCAGACAGCUCUGCUGUGAACGUGACCUGCUCUGUCAGCAACCCCCUUCUUGGAGAGGAGAAAGUGGCGACUUUUUCUUCCUCAGAUUCCAAGAUGACCUUUUCAUGGAUGAUACCGCUUAUUUUUGGAUUGUUUCUUCUGGUGGCUGUAGGCCUGAUAAAGAAAAGGAGCUGUAGAAAUGUGAAUGUGACGCUGGAUCCAAACACAGCUCCCCAAGAACUGAUCCUUUCUGAAGGGAAGAAGCAUGAGACCUACAGACUGUCAUGCAACCAGACAUCCAUGGAGAUGAGUCCGCCUGCUCCAUGCUCCGGGCUAGGGGGCUCACAUCAGGGAGGUGGUAGUGGGAGGGGGAGACUGAGGACAGGACAGGGUGGGUUCUGGCUAAGGCAAAGGACAAUGUCAUGAGUCAUCUCUGUGUGACUGCAGAACAAGUUCGGGCAAUGGGUGUGUAUGGACAUGAGUACUGGGUGAUUACCCCUUCUCCGAUCCUCCUCUCUGAAGAUGGCUUCAGGAUGGGUCAGAAUCCCCCUGGACUAUAUGUUUGGACUUCUCUUGUUUUAUAACAUGACCAAGUGCCCUAUCCUCACCUUGUCCCCCAGUUUUCUUCUCUGAAAUUCUACACCUUCUCUUCAUUCUUUGGUCCCCUAAUGUAGUUUCUUCUGACAUCAUUCCCUUGGAUUCUGGACACCAGGAUUAGAUUCCAAAUCCCAGCUUGAUUCUCCUUUUACCUUGAAAGGGG